GUCAAUGAGCCGGAUGUAAAGACCACGGGAGAGGCCGGAGAUCCAUCAGGACAGCAUGGUUCCACCUUUGAAUUAGUGCCAGCCGCCAAGGUUCAACCCCCUAUCGUACGGAAGUCGCCAGGUUGCUUCUUUGGCUGGUGGAGAAAAAAACGUGGAAGUAAACCCGGACCUUCCAAGGCUCAAUGUCAGCUUCGUUUGGCCCGCGAUUUCCACCGGGGCGAUCUGUUGGGCGCGGGUAGCUAUGGUUGUGUUUUUGCUGCUCGCCGCAAGACCACCGGUGAGAUCAUGGCGGUGAAGGAGAUGCUCUUGGAUCGUGCGGGAAGGACAAAAGAAGAGAGGGGAGACCGGCUUGUGCGCUUGACGCGUGAACUUCGCCUCUGUGAACAGUUAGAAGAUCCGUACAUCGUUAGUUACUAUGGGCAUGAGUUUGUGAUGGGCGCGCAGGGUGGCCCCGAAAAGCUACAUUUGUUUUUAGAAUACUGCAGUGGUGGAAGUUUAGCCGCGCAGCUCCGGACCUAUGGGCCGGUCAGCGAGGAGUUGUUGAGGAAAUAUACCCAGCAGUUGGUUUCCGGACUCGUCUACCUGCACUCCCGAAGUCCUCCAGUGGUUCAUCGAGAUCUGAAAUGUGCAAACCUUUUGUUGACGCACAGUGGAGAUGUAAAGAUUGCGGACUUCGGCUGCUCCAAAUGGGUCCAACCCGGUGAGUCCAUGUUAGAGAAUUCGGUGGCGGGUUCAAUCUUUUGGAUGGCGCCUGAACUUUUUCGAGGUCAUGGCAAAUUGACCACGUCCUCUGACAUUUGGUCUCUGGGCUGCUGUGUCCUGGAAAUGGCCACCGGCUGCGCCCCAUGGGCUGAACGUCGAUUUGACAAUAUUUUGCAGGCCUGCCAUGUGAUCGCCAAUACAGAAGAGCUACCGACCAUCCCAGUCGAACUCUCAACCAAGGCGGCUGGUCUGAUUCGAAGUUGCCUGAAGCGCAAUCCCCCAGAUCGGCCGACGGCACAGGAACUCAAUAAGAGUUACAAGAAGAGCUUGAGUCUGUGUGCAUAAAGGGUUGGGAUGUCCCACUUGGAUUUAAACAUGGG